GUCCGUCAGCGGCCAUCGUACAUCAUCGGCUGCGUGUCUGUCGGCUCACGGCGGCUGUGUCUUAUCUGCAGGGCCCAGCUGGAGAACGAGAAGAAGAAGAGAGAGGCCAUAGAGAAAGAGAAGGAGCAGAUGGAGCGAGAGAAGAAGGAUCUGAUGAUGAGGCUCUACCAGUUCGAGGAGAAGACCAAGAAGGCAGAGCGAGAUCUGCAGGACCAGUUGCAGAGAGCCAUGAUGCUGGAGCAGGAGCGGAGGAGAGCCGAGGAGGAGGCGGCUCGACUGGAGGCAGAGCGACAGGCUGCACUGCUGGCUAAAGAGGAGCUCGCCCGCCAGGCUGAGUACCAGAAGAAGGACCAGGAGCAGCUGGCUGCGGAGCUGGCAGAGCACACAGCCAAGAUCACCCUGCUGGAGGAGGCCAAGAAACGCAAGGAGGAGGAGGCUGACUCAUGGCAGCUCAGGGCCCAGGAGGCUCAGGACGAUCUGAUUAAGACCAAAGAGGAGCUGCACAUGGUGAUGACGGCGCCCCCACCACCACCUCCCCCUCCCCCCAUGUACGACCAGAUGGACGACAACAGCGACAGCGAGGAGAACGCCAGCGAGGAGAACGCCAGCACGCACAGCGCCGACCUGCAGUACGAGGGCAUCAACGACCACCGCAACGAGGAGGAUCGCCUGACCGAGGCCGAGAAGAACGAGCGCGUGCAGAAUCAGCUCAAGGCCCUGACCUCAGAGUUGGCUCAGGCGCGUGAUGAAUCCAAGAAUACCCAGAACGACCUGCUCCACAGUGAGAACGUCCGGGCCGGCCGAGACAAAUACAAAACCCUGCGGCAGAUCCGGCAGGGCAACACCAAACAGAGGAUCGACGAGUUCGAGGCCUUAUAAGAAGCCUUCGGCCCCUCGGCCACGUACCCUUUCUGAAUGGUCACUACGAUCCCCGCUCCUCGGCUGACGCAUAUCGACACGCACACACAUGCACACCCACACACACACUCAUAUGACUUAUGUGGAGCAGUAUAACCACAGCAGAAGCAUCACUGAGAUGAACUCCUGUUGUAACUUUGUCGGGCAGUAUGCAGGGCUUUGACGAAACCUUAGUGCCAAAACCUCCUCUCGUCUUAGUGUUUAAUAUCUGAUUUGUUAUUUGAUUGUUUAAUUUGAUCCGUUCUGACCAAAUCAUUAUUGUUUUUAUGUUUUAAAGCAGACUAGUUGUGGGAUUAGCCAAAUUUUAUUAUUAUUAUUAUUAUUAUUUCAUGACGUGCACAUAGAAUAUAUGAAAUCAAAGCCUGGCUUCUUUGUUGAUGUCUGUCAUUUGUUGUGUUGGAAGAACAGGACAGUUUGUCAUUUACAGCGACCACUCAGAAAGGGGAAAACAGUAUAAGCAGAAAAAACAGUUUGUGUUUGUUUUCCAUUAUAUUUGAACACUUCCAUUUAUGUUUAAUAUUGCUAUACAGUAGUUUAAAUCAUGCCUAGUU